AUGCAAGCCAACCACACUGACGCCGUCUAUGUAGCAUGGCGCGAUGAUAAAGGUGGGCUCUGGGAUACACGACAACUUGAAAAAUGGACUGACAUAAAAUUAGUACAAAAAACAAAAUGUAUGGCCUAUAUCACAGAGCAAACAACAACAUGGCAGGCUACACUCAAAAGACGAGUAGCUGUAUUAGAGCAAGACCAGAUAUUAGAUAGUGCAGCGAGAAAUAUCGACAAGGACAUUUCUGUACAAACACAAAUUAUUCAAAAAGCAACCGAUGCUCUUGUAUUUUGGAAGGGAAGGGGUGUUAUGGAUCCAUCACAAAUUGUGUCACCGAAGGUACUUCGUGGUUUAUCAGUUAAUCGUCGACAAGCAUUUAUGGAAACGUGUGGUUAUGGUUAUCCAAAUUUUUCUACAACGAAAAAUGAUCUCGUUUAG